AUGGCUGUUGAAGUUCUCAGUCCCAAGGAUUGCCUCAAGGACUCACUCUCACGCCAGUCAGUAACGAAUUUCAAUCGGAACCGUAACCCUAGCUGCCUCGGCCGCCCAAGCCGCCCCCAGCCCGACGGCAAGAACCGAAGGCCUAACCGGCCCAAUAACCUUCCUCGCCCGGUCCAGAAAUUCCCGGUCCCCCAAAACCUUGUCAUGGGUCAGAUCAAAAUCCUCAAGCGGGGCGAAGAAAUCCCCAAAACGGUGCCGGUUCCACCACUACGGAAGCAAAAUUUCAAGCACCUAGUGCCGGCUCCGCCGCCACAGAAGCAGAAUCCCAAGCCCCAAGCUCCGGAUCUCGGAAACACGAACCGGAUGGGCCCGGAACCGAAACGGGUUCCCAAGCUGAGCAAACAGGCGGACCCGAAGCGGACUGCCAGUUUCUACGCCGGAUCGUCGUCGUGCAUAGCCUCGCCGCCUCCGAGCUCUCUGCCUCUGCCAUCCUUUUUCGCCAAGAAGGGCGUUGCCACAAACACCGAUGCUGCGGCAAGCGAGCUGCUGAAGCUUCUGCGGCUGAAUUUGUAG